AUGUCGGGUGCGGAGCGCAGCUUUUUUCCCCUUAUGCGCGUGCGUCGAGUCUGCUGCGUCACUGAAAGGCGUCCCGGCUGACAGGAGAGCGGCGGCGGCGCCUCAAGAUGACGCUCAGUGUGACACCUCAGUGUGUGGCAAAGAAGUUGGACGGUGGGACGCGGGCAGGUGAGAGGGACGGGCUGCCUUACCUGGGAAUCUUUCCUCAGAAAGAAAUGUCGGUGCCCAACAGAUAAGAUAUCUCGGAAGGAAACUAGAAUAGUCAGGGAUGGUGGGAGCCGCAGCAUAAAAACAUUUGGAGGGUGGCAGGUUGGGGAUUUGCUGUCAACUUGUCCCCUUUUUAAACGGAAAUUCCCUUAUUCCGAAUAGGAUUCCUCGCAAGAAAAGGGAAAAGUGGACAGCUAUGGUUGGGGAAGCCUGGCGGAGGUGUGAGGGAAAAGGUCUCUUCUCUUUCUGGUGGAAUGUGGCUUAUCAUAAUUUAUUGAAUUUAUAUACAGUACCUGCCUAUACCCGGGGUUCUCAGAAUAAAAUCAAUAUAUAAAACCACAAAAUAAUAGUAGUAGUAAUAAUAAUAAUAAUAAUAAUUUAUUAUUUGUACCCCGCCCAUCUAGCUGGGUUUCCCCAGCCACUCUGGGUGGGUUCCAACAAAGAUUAAAAAUACAUUAAUACAUAUUAAUACAUAAUGUAAUAUAAUAUAAUAUAAUAUAAUAUAAUAUGUGUGUGUGUAUAUGUGUGUGUGUGUGUGUGUGUGUGUAAAAAAUAAUAUAAUAAUACUUAAAUAAUACAUAAAAAAUACAAAAUACAUAAUAAAAAGAAAAACAGCAACCCAAUAGCCCCACCCCUCAAAAAACACAUUUUAAAAGGACAUAGAAGGGGACGACAGAGGAUGAGAUGGUUGGACAGUGUUCGCGAAGCUACCAGCAUGAGUUUGAGCAAACUGCAGGAGGCAGUGGAAGACAGGAGUGCCUGGCGUGCUCUGGUCCAUGGGGUCACAAAGAGUUGGACACGACUAAACGUCUAAGCAACAACAAGGAUGUAAAUCAGAUCAACCAAAGGCUUAUCCUGAGCAUAUGUACUUUCUCAGAGUAGAAACCUGCUUUGCUUCUCUUUUCAUCCUUUAACUUCUGGUGUUUUGCUCAUUUGCCAGCUGCUGACUGGGCUAUGGGACAUUUGCAAUAAUGGGAAGGAGCUACUUUGUGGAAGAAGCUGUUGGGCAGUAUUUGUCGGAGCUUGCCACUAACUCGCAAGCCCUUCUCACCGGCCUCUUGGUAGGGCAGGUAAGUGUGCUACGUGUGUGUUUGCUUGUGUCGAGUGGGACCUUAUCCACCCACCCUGCUUUCUGUAUCAUUGUGGUGGAAGCCUCUUCUCUGAAUAAAUGCUCAUUACUGUCAUCAUCAUCACAUGUCAAAUUUGUUCGCUGCUGCUGUAUCUUGCCCACGACUUACUACCAACCAAAGGGAUAGACAGACAAAUAACCCCACAUAGAUGUUUUAAAACCAAGUGAUUACUCCUUAAGUUACAAUUGGGUGUUUCCAGCUGGUGAUUAAUAGUUUGAUUCUAUUACUGUUUACACAGAUAUAAAUUUAUUCUUGUUUGUUGGUAAGUAUGUUUUGAGUUUCAUCUUAAAAGCACAAUCCAACAGGAGGGUCUCUUCUGUACAUGCCCCAUGGAGUCCACACAGGUGAAUUUCCUGCUGGUUUCUGCUCUUUUGGAGCUGUUCCACUGAUUUACUUUGAGAUUGAUUGUGCAUUUAGACCGAUCUCUUCUUGAAAUGUUGGAGAAUAGUAGUUUAGAAGGGCUGUCUUUUGUCAGUUAUUGCAGAACAGUAACAAAUCAGGUUAUUUGAGGUUUAUUAUAUUAUUCUUACACUUAAGAAGCAUUACGUUGAAAAUCAAGUUAUUUUCGGCCAAAUCUUGUGUUAAAUUUGAUAUACUGUUAGCUGCUAUUAUGUUUCCCAGAGAGGGACUAAGUUUUGGGGUGGGGGUUUCAUUAUGGAAACUACUCACAGUUUGAGCUUAUGAAGUGACCGAAAUAGGCACACCGAAAUGCAUUGAUUUUAGCCUUCGUGCAACACUCUUUGUGUGUAUACAUAUAUACACACAUGUUAUGGUAGAUGAACAGUUGUAAAAGUGCUGAAGGGUUGAACUUGGAUUCUUUUCUCUCUCCAAAGCUACUUCCUUCCUUCCCUAUUUCUAGUGCUCCCAGCAAAGAGACUAUGUUGUCCUAGCCAUUCGAACACCUCCAAAAGAGGAGGAAAGUAAAAGCAAUACAAGUCGUCGUUCAGAUUUGUCUAAUAUUGAUGAAGAAUGGAUCGCAGCACACGCCAAUCAGGUCAUAAACAUUCAGUUGUUGCAGUUGCUUUCAUUCUGAAAAGUGUUGUUUUUCUUGUAAUGCUAUUUCACUUUGAUAAUUGGUUUCUAAGCUACUGCUAAGUACUGUGUUCUUGUAGAUUAUAGUCUGAAACUGUAGACCUUCACAAAUUUUAGAAUGCUAUGCAUACCUGUGAUAGCUGUAAACUUAGCUGACUCCUGAUACUUCAUAUCCUGGCAUCUUCCUGUCUGUUUUGACUUCUGAUGUGGCCUUAACUGUACUUUUGGUCCCAAUUUUCAAACCAUCAUAGCAUAUAUAUUGGAUAGACAAGGUGUUCACCAUGAUCACUGGAAUAUUUCAUAAAUUGGAGGGCCAUUGCAAGUAUGUUUUUACUUGCAUUAUUAUCUUAAGGAAGGCAUGGGCAAUGUGUGUAAUAUAAUAAGACGAAGAUGAUGACGAUUUAUUAAAUUUAUAUACUGCCUUUUAUCAAGAGAUCCUGAAAGAAUAUUUCUUUGUUAGUUUGUUAAACUUGUAGCCCACCCUCCCACAUAAGUAAUGGGGAGAGGUUGUGAUUUAUCUGAGGCCACCCUGAGGAGCAAUUUGAAACUGGGUUUCCCUGUUUCAAGCCCCGGUUGCUAGGUGCUGUGCCAUAUUAGAGUGUGUUGUGGUAUUUAAUAUACUGCUUAAGAAUGUGGAAGUUUGACAGAAUACUGUGAGUAAUGAAAAUGGGAAAAAUAUAUAUAAUUGAAGAAUCACAGACAUAUUGACAAGAUCCCUAUAGCUUGUAUAGUUUUGCUUGAUUAUUGUAUUGGAAUUAGGGUCUGUUCCUUGUAACUGCGCAAAUCAGAGGCAGUAUCCCUUGAAUAGCAAAAGGAGGUCACUACCAAUAGACCUUAUGUUGCCCAUUCCUGAAUUAAUGUCCUGUAGAUGUUGUGUUCAUGGGCUUGGCAGAUGUCACAGGCAUGCUGAUUUUUAUCUGCUCUGUUUUUCUACCAUGAUUGCUGCCACAGUUUGAACUCCCAUCAGUCAUUGAAAUGUAUGUUAUACAUGGCCGGAAAUUGUCAGUUGAAUAACGGUGACGUCAUUUGUGUUUGUCUGACUUUGUAGGUGUCACGAAUGCUUCCUGGGGGAUUGCUAGUCCUUGGUGUCUUUACUGUUGCAGCUCCAGAGCUGGCAAAAGAAAUCCAAAAUACCUUAAGGAAGGUAAAGGAUAAUACCCCUAGCAUCCCUCUGGACUGGGGUGGGAAAUCUGUUACCCUCCAGAUAUUGUUGCACUUCAACUCUCAUCUGCCUCAGCCAGCUGACUGUGGUCCAGCAACGUCUGAAAGGACACUGGUACACCACUCCUGUCCUAGAAAAUACUACUUGAAUAGCAGCUAGCCUUCAUUGUUUUCUUAAGCAUAGUGACCAAAGUGGCUUACAACCGUUAUGUGUGUGUGGAAACGCUAUGAUCAACAUACAGUACUAGCAUACAACAAUGCAUUUAAUAAAAUAACAAAUGAAAUCUGAUGAAAUAGAACAGUAAAACAGAGCAGCAGCCCAUAAAACGAAUCAAAAGCCCUACAAACCAACGAGAUAAAAAGUCUCUACUUAGAAGGCAAAAUGAAUUUUGGGAAGGGAGUUCCAGAGCCACCAAAAAGGCCCUCUAUACAAGCCUCUGCUGCUAGCAGAGCAGAGAGACAGGCUUCCCCUUAAGAUCUUAACAACCAAGCAGGUUUGUGUGGAAGAGUGGGAAAGUUCAGUCGGUAGAGUUCAGUCAUUUGAAGGCCACCUUCCCUCCCUUACACAACAGCCCCGAGCAAGGGAAUGUCAGUCUAUUUACCGUAUUGGCCCCAAUAUAAGCAGCACCUGAAUAUGCCGCACCUUUAAAAUUGGAGGGGGGCGGAAAUAAAAAAUACCUGAAUAUAAGCCGCUCCAUUCCUCGCUGUUCCUGGCUGCAUACUGGGUGAGUUGGGGAGGGAGCCACGCUGUGUUGUCGGCCAGGGAGAGGACAGAGGACUACCCACGGGGCAGCCACUGCUUUUCAGAGCUCCUGCCACUGUUUGCCUUGUGCUCCUGGCUGCAUAUUGUAAAGUCGCGAAUAUAAGCCACACUUUAACAUUUCACAGUUGGAAUUUUUGGGGGGGGUGGGGUGGGAAUGCGGCUUAUAUUGAGGCCAGUACGGUAUUUCGUGGUGACCUGCAUAAAAGCAGUUGCACAGUUGUGCGUAUGUGCGGUGUUUGCCUGUACUCUUUCUGUUUCUUUUUUAAUGAGGACUAGAAACCAAUCUUAAUUCUCUUCUUAAUUCUCUCCAAGCUUGUGUUUUCAGUAGAAAAAUCUGUAGCUAGAAAGAGGUUGUGGAACAUCUCAGAAGAAGAUGUGUCUGACAGAGUGGCUCUUCAUCUUUGCUCCGCUACAAAGAAGUAUCCUUUUUUUUUUUACAUUAAAAUUAGGACCUUCAUUUUAAUGUGUAAAAUAGAUUUGAUUAUCUGUGCUCUGAUCUGCCUCAGUUAG